UGAUAACACUGUCGGAUAGUUGCAACUUGCAGAGUGAUAACGUCAGUUUUAAAAUUUUUAUAUUUAAUUAAGCAAAAUUUCGAGUUUAAGAUUAAUAGUUAUUGAGAUUUUGUAAAUAAUUCUUAUAUUAAUUUGUUCAAAUUUAUUCAAGUGAUAUUUUUAUUUUUAAAAAUUACAUCACUACCUACCUAACGCUUCAAAAUACAAUACAAUAAACCAUGGAGGAUUUAAGAAGAUAUUUAUACCAAACCUUGACUAAGGUUGAAGGUCUUUACUCAAUUCUGAUAUCUGAUCAUGAUGGUGUUGUUAUUUUAAAAGCUCAUGCCAACAAAUCAUCUGAACACAAUUCAAAUUACAAACAUUCAUUUUUAUCAGAAUUUAAUUCUGCAUCAGAACAAGCAGGAAAAUUAGAACUUGGAAAAAACAAAACAGUGAUUUGUUUUUAUACUAACAAUCAAUACAUGAGUCAUCAAUGUCACAGCAGUUUGGGUCUAUUAUUUUCUAUAAAGUGCGGCAAACCGAAGAUGACUAAAAAAAAAUUAAUCCACGUGGCCAUCGCAGCAAUUGUAUUUCUACAGGUAUCCUGCUGCACCAUGCGCCAUGAUGAUAGCAUGUUUAUUCCUUCACUGCUCUUUCGACGCGACAGACGUUUCUGGUUUUUAAUGACCGAUAAAAAUAAGCUUGAUUUUAUAAUUUGUUCAUCCAAAAUUAUAAUUAUAAUCUACAAUCAACCAUCGAAGUACACAAAAAUGGUUAAUGGAUGUCCUUGUCAGUACGGCAAAGACAAUGCCACAAAAAUUGUUUCUGAAAAUAAAAUUCAAUUUCAACAGUUGAAUGAUAUUUUUUCCUUAACAAGUUAUUUAACUGCAUAUGAUCAAAAAACUCUAUCUAAGAAGCUGAAGAUUGAUGAAAAAGACAUACGACUAUUGUUCCGAAAGAAACGCGCCCAAGAUAAAAAGGAUUUAGAAACUGAAAGGAAGGCUGAUAUUUCUACAACAGUAAUUUGUAACAAUGACCGUGUACCACACCACCCGCACCUACUUCAUGGCCUUUAUCAUGGCUGCCAUUUCAGUGCCGAAGCCAACCACAGUAUCUAAAUAAUAUAUUAUCUUUAGGAUUGUGAAUUUAAAAUUACAUUAUAAAUAUAUAUUUUUUUAUUUAUAAUAUUUAAUGUACAAAAAAUAAAAAUAAAAAAUAUUC